AUGAAUGACCAAUAUAUGAAUCUGAAUGGAACUACUUCAAGUGCAAAUAAUAUUGAUGGUAAUUCUGUCCCGAUGCGGAAUAACGAUGACGGACGUACACCACCUUUACUACAAAGGCAACAUCAGAAGGGUAAAAUCGUGCAAACGAUGUGGUUAACUGAUUUUCAGUACAAAUUUGAGGCGAUUUCUCGCGCCUGUUCUGAAGUGGCUAAUGGAUUCCGACAUCUUCAAGAAGCUAUUGAUACGCUCCAAGAAACACCAACACCAAAUGUUGCAAAUCUCUUAGAAGAAGUGAUGGGAAUGCCGUUACGAGUUCGACCUCCAGCUUCCAUAGUAACAAAUCGGCAAAUGACUCCAACGCCAAGACACCAACCGUUAAAUGGCAAUAUGACCAAUGGUGCGAACACACCAUUUAGUAAUUUUGCAACUCCAACGAGACCAGAAUCUCAAUUUCAGAAUGCAGAGAGAAGAACUAAUUCGUCUGUUCACUCAACACCGACGAUGCCUCAAUCUAUAUCAGGAAACAAGCAGAAUUGGACUUCAUCCAGUAAACCAUCAACAUACACAUCAAUGCGACCAGCUACCCCAACACCUAAUCCCGGUGAUUCCGGCAUGAGAAACGGAGGUUCAGCUUCUCCAGAUGCCACGGCUUCGAUAGCGUCGGCAUCUAGCGAAGAACAUGAGAAUUGGACGCAAGAAGAACGAAAAGCAUUGAAUGAAGAGUUCAUUCGAUAUUUCCAACGUCGUAAGGCUACCGAGCCAAUAACUCAUCCGGAAUUGGCCGAUGAAUUACUAAGUUUGUGCGUUACCCCUCCUCCGUUGGCUCAUCUGGACAGACAAGUGGGAAGAUAUUUACGUCGACAUACGAUUCCGUGUGAUUCGAUUGUUUUACACGCAAUUCAACAAUGGAUCGAUAAAGAAAAAGUUGCGCGUGGUGAAGUUGCUGUUGCUUUUCAUGAAUAA